GGUUGCCAUGACGACGGCAAGGGGUUUGGUAGCGUUGCCGUGCGCUGUGUGAUCUGCGCGCUGCGUGUAUGGAGGAAGCAGCUGCUGAUCUGAUCUCUGACAUUGUGUGAGACAGACAUCUGAAUAAACUGCGCACAGACGUGUCUUUAAACACACCGUAGCGAGGCAAGCAGCGCAUGAUUCCCCUGUGUGUUUUUGAAGGGAAGACAUCCCCAGGAGCGUGUCGUCUUCUGUUGUCUCAGGUCUGUGACAUUCUGCUAAUCAAACAAAGACCUCUUUGAUUUAAUGGGUCCAAUCAUUGGGAUGUCACCAGAUAAGAAAACGGAAAUUCCGGGUAUGCAAGAGGAGCGAGCAGGGCUCAGAGGUGUUUGUGGUGUGGGAACACUGCCAGAGGCGGAGUGUGCAUCCAGUCCGCUGGCAACCAGCGUGGAUCGCACUGGAGGUAUAGAGGAUGAGGAGCUCACCAACCUCAACUGGCUCCACGAGAACCUGCUUCAGAACUUCACUUUGGGGGGCCCUGAAGCCCAGCCCAGCGGCAGCCCCCUCUUUGACAUAGAGGGAGACUACGGGUCCAACCAGGGCCCGUCAUCCUCCUCCUCAUCCUCAUCACACAGCAGAGGCAGGGAGCGGGACUCAUUGAAGUCUAAGCCCCCUUUCUCAUUUUCCCUCCUCAUCUACAUGGCCAUUGAGCAGUCACCUAGCAAGUCUUUGCCUGUUAAAGAAAUUUAUGGCUGGAUUCUUGAGCACUUCCCUUAUUUCUCCAGUGCCCCCACUGGCUGGAAGAACUCAGUUCGUCACAACUUGUCCCUGAACAAAUGCUUCCGCAAAGUCGAAAGGAGUUUGGGAAAGGCCAACGGAAAAGGCUCUCUCUGGUGUGUUGACCCAGAAUACCGCCCCAACCUGAUCCAAGCCCUUAAGAAGCAGCACUUCCCUGCCACACAUGCCUUCUACACACCACCCGCCUCCCCACCCAGUGCCUCCUCACCCCCUCGUCAUCUCUUUCUACAAGGCUGCUCAUUCAAAGAGUCUGAUAUUGAUGCUGCCACUGCCAUGAUGCUCUUAAACUCUGCCCCUGGGCACCACGUUGACCCAUGCAAUUCUGACAGCCCACUGGACCUCUCCAGACCCGACUCUGUUCUGGUGAGCAGUGAUCCAAAGCAGGACCACAACUACAGCAGUGUAGCCUUGCAGCGCUGCUCCUCCCGUUCCUCCUCCUCCUCAUCUCUUUCCUCCCUGGAUGAAGCAGGCUGCGACCGCAGAGAGUCUCGCCGCGCUGGCAGCGAGGGCUUCCACAGCGAUGAGGACUCCGACCUUUGGGACGAGAGGGGGGUCCACCAGACUUCACGACGUCCGCCAGCCAUCAAGUGGCCCACCAGCAAGAGGGCACGGCGUGAGGUUAAGCCAGAGCUGGAUGAGGAGCUGAAGGAGGCUGCCGGCUCUUUGCUGCACCUUGCUGGUAUACGCAGCUGCAUGGAGGGUUCUAAACGCACUGUCAAGAGCACAAAACUUAACAGGAAAUGAAGAUUUGUUUUUUGUUUUUUUGCCCCCAUCAGACUCUGGACCCUUUGAACCCUUAGAAGCCUAACGUCUGACCCCUGAUCAUGUGUCCCAGUGUGCCUACUUCUCCUUAUCUGAUCGUUCAUUGGCCAUUUUGAGCCUUUUUUUUUGUUGUUGUUGUUUGGGAAUAUCCCUGUUCAACAAAAUAAAUGGCAAUAGUAUCGUUCACCCAGGAGAACAAAGCCAUAUAGAGACUUUUGUAACUUGGGGGGUAACUGCUGGGAGUCGGUGUCUGGGCUAUGGAGAACCAUCAAGAUACCUAUCCUAAAUGACCUGUCUGCUUCUGGUGGAUUAGAAGACGGUGACUUAAGAAUUUUUCUCUGACAGACAAAAUGGGAAAUGCCGAAGGUUUUGUAACUCAGAGCGUUGCAUGCUUCCUCCUCAAACCUGUAUCCUCUUCCAAGUGAAUCUAUUUAUGAAGCGAAUGAGUGCAUGUUUAUAACAGACAAAAUCUAACCUCCUGGUGUUAUUAGUUUCUCCUUUUUGUGAUUAAAAAUGCCACUGUUUUGAAAGGAAUUCUUGCUCUAUGAAUCCUCUUGUAAGAGAGAUGCAAUAAUUAAUCCACAACCUUAACUUUUUGACAUUGUUUCACAGUGGCAUUUUUCACAGUUGAGUAUGUUAGUUAAACUUUACAAUCAAGUGAAUGAAUGAAGUAGUAUUAUGAUCUUGUGCAACAAACUGAUCACACGCGAGCUCCGGCACCUUUUCAGAAUUAGCAAGACAUGGAAAUAGUAUUACUCUGCCACUGCCAAAUUUAGUUGCAAAGCUAGCUAUACUACUUCACUCAGUUUUGUGCAGCCAUUACAGUGCUACAGAAAUGAAAGCUACUUCCUUGUUUUUGCAAAUCUGCUGCUCAAUCCCUUUCAUUCAUCAGUGUGUUUCUGACAAUUCUUGUGCAGACACAGAACAUAUAUUCACAUGUUUGGUGACCACGUAUGCAAAGUGAACAUCUGCCAUGUAUUGCCAGAUGUUCACUGUGGGUUCAUAGGUUCAUAGAUUUUGUUUUGUUUUUGUGUGUGUAUCAUAGUCCAUGUCUACUUCAGCCUAAACCUGAGAUACCCAUCAUGGCAGAGAAGAGUUUGAAAUGGUCAAACACUUUUCUUCUACUGACAAAGUAGUCCUACUGCUCCGAUGAAUAGGAUUGGUUUACCAACAGAUCUCCUUGCCACAGUUGUAUUGUAGGCCUGCUUGCUUCUGGAUCUUUUGAAUGCAGAGCUGGUUAAUAGUCAGAAAAAGGUGUCAGACAGAAAAUGACCACAGCUUCUUGCACCAUUAUUUGAGUUUGCAGUUUGAUGAUUAAAUUUUUUUUUACAGAAUUAUACAGCUCAUUUUCUGUUGGUUGAUCCUGUGGCUGAAUUUAUUCACAACCUUAAGGAAAAUGUGUCUGUUUUGUGUUUUCACAUGAAGGUGCAGGGUGUAGAGCAUAGUCAAUGUGAAGAAUGAGAAUAUGGUCAUGGCCAGAGAGAGCUGGACUUUGUAUCUGCAUUCACUCGCAGGCGAGAUGAUGAAGACUUGUGCUGCUCUCACGUUGUGCCCUCAGUUCUAGCUGGUCACUAGUGUUUUGUCCUUGCUCUUCCUCUUAUAACAAAAUAAGGAAGUGCACGCACUCAUCUCAAGCUGUGAAAUGGAGUGUUUAUUGUCAGUCGAUUGCAUGCAGUUCACUGAGGCAAAGUUGCCAGUUGCCUUUGUAAAAGGCCAAAGUUCUCAUCAGAGCUUUGAGAAAGGCUGCACACUCAACACUGCGUAACACAAGGUAGCGUGGAGGCACACAGGUGUAACGCUGAAAAUGAUAUUAUUCCUUCCAACAGUGCUAGAUCCCAUUGUGUCACAGUGAUAGUUGUUAUAGCGUGCAUGGGCAGUGCCAAACAUUUCUUGUGCCACUGAUGUAAAACUGCAGAGGGCCAUGGUCGCUAUAUUCCCCUGCUGCCACAUUGUACAUGUGAAAUAGAGUUGCGCUGCCCUACUUUUCUGAAUCAUCCUAACAAGAAACGAGACAGGACUAAUCAGUACAGUGACUUGACCAAUUUCUUGGUUUAUUUUUGUUGCUUUAGAGUGGGAACUGUUCUUAGCUGAGUAAGCUGCAGGUCUCAGAAGUAAUACUUGCAUACACUGGUCUUGUGUAGCUGUGAAAAAAAAGAACAAAUUAUUGUUCAUUAAUCACCUUAUUUAUGACAUUAAUUUAUGGGACUAUUGAAUGCAUACUCAAACACUGGCCAUUUGAAUCGAAUGACUAGAUAUGUUUAUUUUCCUCCCUCUGUGAAAUCCUCUUACUAAAUAUUCUGGUUUUCUCCUUGUUUAUUUUACAGCAAUACAUUUUUUUUUCCUUUCACUAUGUUGUAGUGAUUAAGUAUUUUUGCCAAUGUCUCUUGUGUCUAGAGUGGAUUUUUUUCCUGCCAAUUUAACCACGACUGCCAGGUUUUCUUGAUGUUUUGUCUUGCUUUUUGUUAGGCUGGAUAGAAUUACAUUAACAUUGAUCCUGCAACCUUUUUUUUGCCAAAAUUGAUGUACAGCUGGGGUAUAAACAAUGAACACCUUCCCCAUGUGCUGUAAGCCAAUUGAAUUAUUUUUACA